AUGGCUGGCAUGGAUAACGAUCCACGUACGCGACGGGGCACUGACAACGCGCAGCAGAACAACAAUAUCUCAUUCUCCAACAGAGAUGCACAUUCAAGACCGCAACAUUAUCCGUCCUCAUAUGCGCACAACCAAAUGUUGGACUAUAGAACACGGACAGAGCAUGCGCCAGGAUAUGGACAAAUAACGCCCGAAGCAGCCAACGAACAACCACACCAUUCGGCCUCAUCUCCUUCUUCUACGGGAAACCAUGCGGCGGGCGUCGAUGAAUCGCUAGGAGGCUAUCUGAAUGAGAUGUCAAGGGGGCUGUCAAAUGACGAACAUGACUCGAAUGACCCUCUUGCCGAUCUGAAACGACCAAGAGCAUGCGAUGCCUGCCGGCAAUUAAAGGUUCGCUGCGAACCAGACGAUAAUCACCCAUCAGGCGCUUGUAAACGAUGCGCCAAAGCGAAUCGAAGAUGCGUUGUCACUCCGCCCACCCGCAAGCGCCAGAAGAAAACAGACAGUCGCGUUAGUGAAUUGGAGAAGAAGAUCGACGCCCUUACAGCUACUCUUCAGGCGUCUAGGAGAGCGGAUUCCAUCUCAUCUCCAGAUGCGAGGUCGCAGGAGCAGGAAGUUGUUGCUGCUCGUCGAUGGCUGGGGGGCGGCCCUCCGCCAGUGUCACUAACAUCCGUUUCUCCAAGUACGAGUACGAAGCGUACAGCCAGUGGCGAUGCCAAGUUUUCCGCACCGCCUGGCUCAUUGCCGCCGAGCACUUCUUUCACGGGUCCAGUUUCAGUGAAUCUACCCAACAGCGAAAGCGUGGUAAACAGUGCGAACGAAUUUACUGAUAUCAUUGAUCGCGGGUUGAUCGAUGUGCAGACCGCUGUUGAUGCCUUCGAUCACUAUGUCAAAGAGGUUGCCCCUAGACUUCCUGUGGUCGUCUUCCCACCAGGUACAACCAUGGCAUCAGUUCGGCGCAACAAACCCACACUUUUCCUUGUGAUCAUGGCUAUUGCGAUAGGCAAUUUUCGACCCGAAUUACAAAUGUCUCUGCUUCAUGAAGUGCACCGACUGUUCGCCGAUAAGGUCAUCAUCAAAGGCGAGAAAUCCCUGGAGCUGAUACAAUCGAUUAUGUUGGCAUGCAUAUGGUAUAUGCCACCCGAUCAAUUCGAGGAGCUCAAGUUCUUUCAGUUUAUCUAUUUGGCUGUCGUGAUGGCGCUGGACAUCGGCAUGGGUCGCAUCACGCGGAGAAAAGGCAACAGACAAUAUGGACUGUUGCGAGAGAUUAUAGGCAAAAACCAAAACAGAACCUCCUUUGACCCGGAUUCAGUCGAAACAAGACGAGCGUGGUUAGGCGCGUAUGUCAUGGCGGUCAAUGCCUCCAUGGCCCUUCGUCGGCCUCUGUUAUGUCGAUGGCAUCCCUAUAUGGAUGAGUGUAUCGAGAUUCUGCAAACUUCCCCUGAUGCCGAGACAUCUGAUCGCAAUUUGAUACAUUGGGCCAAAUUAACCCAUAUCGCGGAGGAAGUUGCGUUCCAAUUUUCCAUGGACGACCCUUCAAGCAAUUUGACCUUGAAUGACCCCAAGGUCCAGUAUGCGUUGAAGGGAUUUGAGAAACAACUCGAUGAAUGGCGGCGCGAGAUUCGGCCUGAAGAGUAUACACCUAUUUUGCAGCAUGCGGAGUGCAUCGUCAGUAUCUUUAUGCAUGAAAUCUCAAUGCACACUGACCACAACAUCGACGACUUCAGAACCCCGUUUACAUCUGAGUUCAAGACUGAUGUCAAAUUCGACAAGGCGACUGCCGCUCAGAUCGAUGCUCUCACAACAUGUCUGACAUCAAUCCACACAUCUCUAGACUGUAUGCUGUCUAUCGAGCCAGAGGUUGUCGUUGACUUGCCAACGCAUCUCUAUGCUCGUUCGGCAUAUGCAUUCAUUGCCUUGCUCAAGAUGUUUUCAGCGGUUUCGUCUGAGAACGGCUUGGAGCGUGUUUUCGCACCAGCAGAUCUCAAGGUUGAAGAAUAUUUUGAAAAGGUGAUUAAUCAUCUAAAAGCCAGCUCUAUACGACCAGGAGGGCGAACGGCGUCAAGAUUCUGCAUGGUCAUGAACUUGUUGAGGAAUUGGUUCCUUAAUCGCAAGACAGAAAAGUCUGGCGACAAGGCUGAAGAGUCAACGUCAUCUCAGUCUAAAGAAGCUAAAUAUACCAGCCAGGGCCCAUCACAGCCAGUCACUGAUGUUUCUUCUACGCACCAGCAAUCAUUACCAACAAUCACUGAUCCCGGCUAUAAACAACUACCUCCUGUGACAAGCACAACAUCAGACCCCCAGCAAUGGGAUCAUUACAGCGUCAGUGGUCCAGAGACUGCAACACCAACCAACUUCCUACAGCAACGAUACCAAUUCAACCAAACGCCGGAACAAGAUGUCGGAAAUCCAGUAAUGACUACCGGACCAUUUACCGACUCCCAGACGGACUUUACUAGUUUAGCACCAGACUUUGAUUUCCAAAUGCCAUUCAAUGCUGAAGGGAUAUUUACAAUAGGAGGCGGCAUGCUCCCCGACAACGUUUUUGAUUUGCCGUUUGAUGAAAAUAUGAAUUUCUAUCUGCAGUGA